CUAACGAGUCAUGUGACAGAGUGUUGUUGGUUUGUUGGGCUUCCUUCUUCCUGGGUUCCGUGAUCAUGUGAAUACUACAGCUAGCCGUCCCGGUCAUACACACUACCCCAGUUUGGGCACUCGACACCCCGCUACAGCCUGCGCUGGUUCCCACUAGCUACUCUAUGGCGGAUGGAGAGCGUAGCCCGUUGCUUUCGGACCAGCACGACGGGACGAAUGGUUCCUCGUAUGGCUUUCCCCCGAGGCCACAGAGUUUCCCUCCAUUCCUCAGCCCCAGUGCCCCCCCUCCAGUCCUGUUCGGUGAAGCCCCGCCUCCCUACUCUCCCCAGGGCAGCCCAGACAUUGGCAGCUCCCCCAUCAUCAGUUGCAGGGUGUGUCAGAGUGCCAUCAACGUGGAGGGAAAGACACACCAACACGUAGUCAAGUGUGUCAUCUGCAAUGAGGCUACGCCUAUAAAGAAUGCUCCAGCAGGGAAGAAGUAUGUCCGCUGCCCCUGUAACUGUCUCCUCAUCUGUAAAGUCACCUCCCAGAGGAUCGCCUGUCCCCGACUUUACUGUAAGCGUGUCAUGAACUUGGGUCUGGUGCCUGCUGCAGGGUCCGGUUCAGGCAGUCCAGAACCUCAACAACUCGCUGGGGUCAGAGUGGUCUGUGGACACUGCAGAAACGCAUUCCUGUGGACUGAUUUCUCAGACAGAACGUUAGCCAGAUGCCCCCACUGCAGAAAAGUCUCUUCUGUUGGCCGGCGGUACCCCAGGAGGCGGGGCUUGUGGUGUUUCCUGUUGUUUUUGGUUUUCUCUGGCGGCACGGCAGGACUAGUGGUGGGAACAUGUAAAUCAGCCUUGCUCAACAGAGGGAUCUAUGCCUCCUGGGUCUUACUGAUUCUCCUGGCUGUACUGAGCAUGUGCAGAAUGAUCUACUGGGGCUGUCUGAAGAUCAGCGAACCUAUACAGAUCAACCCAUAGAGGGGAGAGGAGCCCAUACAGAACAACACAUAGAGGGGAGAGGAGCCCAUACAGA